AUGGGGAGAGCCAAAUUCGGAGAAAACGAAAAGGGUGCCGGCGAAUGCCGCCUCUUCGUCGAAAACCUCCAAGGAGCAGCACUCGAAUGGUUCUCUCGCCUGAAGCGAAAUUCCAUCGAAAGCUUUCGCCAACUCGCUUUGGAAUUUCACAAGCAAGUCAGCAGAAUAAGCGACAAGGUAGCGGUAGAUGCACUCCGUGAAACGCUUUGGUACAAGUCGAAAUUCGGGAAGUGGAUAACCUUGAGGCUGACGAAAACAUCGUCGAGGGAUCCUGGGUCGGAUCAGAAGCCUAAAUGGAGAAACCCCCGUAACGACAAAAACGUCAAUCACGGGGAGGAAGAGACCCAGGGAGCGCAUAACUAUGCCAUCGGCUCCGGACCGGAGCAAGGCCGGACUACGGACCACCCUCCGAGAAACGAUAAGGCCCCUCAAACGAAGAACUCUCUCCAAGGGAACCAAUCGGGAGAAAAUCGCGGAAGAAGACAUGACGAGAAAGGCAACGAUAAUAGCCGCCGCAGGGUUAACAUGAUCAUCAGAGGAUCACAGUACUGCAGCGAUACCAUCUCUGCCAUCAAAGCUUACAAGCGCAAGGCUGAGAUGAGCGUGAAUUCUCUAACCUGGUCCACGCCUGGUGACUUCCUGAAAGGAGCAAUCACUUUCGAUGAAGAAGAAGCCGGAAGGAUCGAUCAGCCCCACUGCAAUCCGCUCGUAAUCGAUCUCAUGAUAAGAUACCUCGAGGUCGCGAGAGUUCUCAUCGACACGGGUAGCACGGUCAAUGUCAUCUUCCGCGAUACCCUUAAAAGGAUGAACGUUGAGCUAGGAGAAGUCAUACCGUCCUCCAAACCGCUAACUAGCUUCGAAGGCACAACGUCUAUGACUCUCGGAUCGAUCAAGCUGCCCGUUGCGGCAAAAGAAGUAACAAAGAUCGUCGAUUUCGCAGUCGUUGACCACCCAGCCAUCUACAACGUCAUCAUGGGCACACCUUGGCUCAACGCCAUGAAAGCAGUCCCGUCGACUUAUCACUUAGGCAUCAAUUUCCCGACUCAUAACGGAAUUGCCGCAAUCUAG